AUGGCGGCCAAGCUGUUAUCACGCUACUCCUGGGCAACCAGCCCCUUCAUUGUAAGCGCGCCAAUGCGCGUUAUGUCCGGCCCAGCUCUGGCUCUCGCAGUGUCCAGAGCAGGAGGACUGGGCUUCAUCGGCCCCGGGGCCAAGACCCAGGACACCGAAGUUGAUCUUGAACAAGCAUCGAAGCUAGUGGAGCAGACACGGGCCUCCUCGUCCGUCUUUGACAAAUUGUCAACAACCAACUCUGUAUUGCCCGUCGGUAUUGGCUACCAGCUUUGGGGAGACGACGUCAACGUGGCUGUCGCUGCGAUCGGACGUUUCAAGCCUUGUGCAGCCUGGCUGUACGCUCCCAAACAUAGCCUGAAGGAAUUCGAUGACUGGUCUCGUCGAAUCAGACAGGUAUCCCCAGAGACUCAAAUCUGGAUUCAGAUCGGUACUUUGAAGGAAGCCAAGCAGCUCCUCACAAACUCCGAGAAGCCCGAUGUCGUCGUUAUCCAGGGAGCGGAAUCAGGCGGUCAUGGACGAGCGAAGGAUGGAAUGGGCCUCAUGGCUCUGUUCCCCGAGAUUGCAGAUGCCAUGGAAGGUAGUCAGAUCCCUCUGCUCGCCGCAGGUGGUAUUGCUGAUGGACGGGGCGUUGCAGCGACGCUGUGCCUGGGUGCUUCAGGCGUGGUGUUGGGGACACGAUUCCUGGCUGCGAGUGAAGCACGGAUUAGCAAAGGAUAUCAGAAUGAGGUUGUUCGAGCCUCUGACGGGGCUACUUCCACGACACGGACACUACUGUAUAACCAUCUCCGAGGCACGUUUGGGUGGCCAGCCGAGUACAGCCCCAGAACGAUUAUCAACAAGUCAUUCAUCGAGCACCAAGCUGGCCACACAUUCGAUGAUCUCAAAGUACUCCAUGACGAGGCCAUGAAGAAGGGUGAUAGUGCCUGGGGACCCGAGGGACGGGUUGCGACGUAUGCAGGAGCUUCAAUCGGAUUGAUACACGAGGUCGCUGAUGCUGGAGAUAUCGUUCAUGGGCUGCAAAAGGAUGCCCUCAAGCGGAUACAAUCAGCUGGUUCCAACUAG